CUGGAGUUUCAUGGAGUGAUGAGGUUUUACUUUCAAGACAAAGCAGCUGGAAACUUUGCAACAAAAUGUAUCCGUGUAUCUAGUACUGCCACAACUCAAGAUGUGAUAGAAACUCUUGCAGAGAAGUUCCGACCGGACAUGCGAAUGUUGUCAUCCCCUAAAUACUCGCUUUAUGAGGUGCAUGUCAGUGGAGAAAGAAGAUUAGAUGUUGAUGAGAAGCCUCUUGUUGUACAAUUAAACUGGAACAAAGAUGAUCGAGAGGGAAGAUUUGUUCUCAAGAAUGAAAAUGAUACGCUUCCUCCAAAGAAGGCUCAGAGUAAUGGCCCUGAAAAACAAGAAAAAGAGGGAGUUAUCCAGAAUUUCAAACGGACUCUCUCAAAAAAAGAAAAAAAAGAAAAAAAGAGGAGGGAGAAAGAGGCAUUGCGACAAGCAUCAGAUAAAGAUGACAGACUUCUUCAUGGAGAUGAUAUUGAGAAUUCUCGCCUUGCAGCUGAAGUUUACAAAGAUAUGCCUGAGACAAGCUUCACUCGCACAAUAUCCAAUCCUGAAGUGGUUAUGAAACGUCGACGACAACAAAAACUAGAGAAGAGGAUGCAGGAAUUUCGCAGUUCUGAUGGCAGACCAGACUCAGGUGGGACACUGAGAAUUUAUGCGGAUAGUUUAAAACCAAAUAUUCCAUACAAGACAAUCCUGCUGUCUACUACAGACACUGCAGACUUUGCAGUUAUUGAAGCACUGGAGAAAUACGGUCUGGAGAAGGAAAAUCCUAAGGAUUAUUGUAUUGCUCGUGUCAUGCUUCCUCCUGGUGCUCAGCACUCUGAUGAUAAAGGUGCUAAAGAAACUAUUCUUGAUGAUGAUGAGUGUCCACUUCAGAUAUUCAGGGAGUGGCCUAGUGAUAAAGGAAUACUAGUCUUUCAGUUGAAAAGACGGCCUGCUGAUUAUAUUCCAAAGAAAUCCAAGAAAAUAACUGAUGGAAAGCCAUUAAAGGGGAAGGAAAGAGUUGACGGGUCUGGCUACGGCUCCUGCCUUCCUCCUGAGAAAUUACCAUAUCUGGUAGAGCUAAGUCCAGGGAGAAGGAAUCACUUUGCCUACUACAACUAUCACGCUUACGAAGAUGGCUCUGACUCCAGGGAUAAGCCAAAGCUCUAUCGUCUACAAUUGAGUGUCACUGAGGUUGGAACUGAAAAAUUUGAUGAAAAUUCCAUUCAGUUAUUUGGUCCAGGGAUCCAGCCUCAUCAUUGUGACCUCACUAAUAUGGAUGGAGUUGUUACUGUAACCCCAAGAAGCAUUGAUGCUGAAACUUACGUGGAAGGUCAGCGUAUUUCAGAAACAACUAUGCUGCAAAGUGGCAUGAAGGUUCAGUUUGGGUCAUCUCAUGUAUUCAAGUUCGUGGAUCCCACUCAGGACCAUAUUAUUACUAAAAGACCUAUUGAUGCAGGUCUUAUGGUGAAAGGUCCAAGACACAAAACUGGAGCUGUUCAGGAAACCACGUUUGAUCUGGAGGGAGAUGUUCACAGUGGAACAGCAUUGCCAACAAGCAAGAGCAUCAGCAGGCUUGAUGGUGACAGAACAUCAUCAGCAUCCAGCACAGCUGAACGAGGAAUGGUGAAGCCGAUGAUUAGAAUAGAGCAGCAACAAGAUUACCGCAGACAGGAUAGCAGUCUCCCUGUUACUUUAAGGUCUCUGAGACUUGCUGAAGAUGCCUUCUUAUCUGCAAUUAUAAAUUACACAAAUAGCUCAACAGUUCAUUUUAAACUGUCACCUACAUAUGUUCUGUAUAUGACAUGUCGGUAUGUAUUGUCAAGCCAGUACAGACCUGACAUCACUCCUACAGAGCGCACUCACAAAGUCAUUGCAAUAGUCAACAAGAUGGUGAACAUGAUGGAGGGGGUUAUACAGAAACAGAAGAAUAUUGCUGGGGCACUGGCCUUUUGGAUGGCAAAUGCAUCUGAACUACUGAAUUUCAUAAAGCAAGACCGAGACCUCAGUCGAAUUACUGUGGAUGCACAAGAUGUGUUGGCACACUUAGUUCAAAUGGCAUUCAAGUACCUGGUUCAUUGUCUGCAGUCGGAGCUUAAUAACUACAUGCCAGCAUUCCUCGAUGAUCCAGAGGAGAACAAUCCUCAGAGGCCUAAAAUAGACGAUGUCUUGCAUACACUGACUGGAGCUAUGUCCCUGUUGCGACGAUGUAGAGUGAAUGCUGCACUGACUAUACAGCUCUUCUCCCAGCUAUUUCAUUUUAUCAACAUGUGGCUUUUUAACAGAUUAGUUACUGACCCAGAUUCAGGGUUAUGUUCACAUUACUGGGGAGCCAUCAUUCGUCAACAGUUGGGCCAUAUUGAAGCCUGGGCAGAAAAACAGGGUUUAGAAUUAGCUGCUGAUUGCCACUUGAGCAGAAUAGUGCAGGCAACCACAUUGCUCACAAUGGACAAGUACUCACAUGCCGAUGUUCCAAAUAUUAACAGUACCUGCUUUAAGCUGAAUUCUCUGCAGCUACAAGCUUUGUUGCAGAAUUAUCACUGUGCUCCAGAUGAACCACUUAUACCAACAGAAUUGAUAGAGAAUGUAGUAACUGUUGCAGAAAAUACUGCUGAUGAACUUGCUCGCAGCGAUGGCAGAGAAGUCCAGCUGGAAGAGGAUCCUGACUUACAACUCCCUUUUCUUUUACCAGAAGAUGGAUAUUCAUGUGAUGUUGUCAGAAAUGUUCCAAGUGGAUUACAAGAAUUUUUAGAUCCACUCUGCCAGAGGGGUUUUUGUAGACUAAUACCUCAUCCACGGUCGCCAGGCACAUGGACAAUAUAUUUUGAAGGUGCAGACUAUGAAAGUCACCUGUUACAAGAGAAUGCUGAAUUGACUCAGCCUUUGAGGAAAGAGCCUGAAAUUAUCACUGUAACUCUAAAGAAACAAAAUGGAAUGGGCCUGAGUAUUGUUGCUGCCAAGGGCGCUGGUCAAGACAAACUUGGAAUUUAUGUCAAGUCUGUUGUGAAAGGAGGUGCUGCAGAUGUGGAUGGUCGUCUGGCAGCAGGAGAUCAGUUGCUCAGUGUGGAUGGUCGAAGCUUGGUGGGCCUGUCCCAGGAAAGGGCAGCAGAACUUAUGACGAGAACAGGUUCUGUAGUUACCCUAGAAGUAGCAAAACAAGGAGCAAUUUACCAUGGUCUGGCAACUCUGCUUAAUCAGCCAUCCCCAAUGAUGCAAAGAGUUUCUGACCGCCGUGGCUCAGGUAAACCCCGACCAAAGAGUGAAGGUUUUGAGCUCUAUAACAACUCUGCUCAAAAUGGGUCACCUGAGAGCCCUCAGCUGCCGUGGACGGAAUACAGUGAACCAAAGAAGCUGCCAGGGGACGACAGGUUAAUGAAGAACAGAGCUGAUCAUCGCUCUAGUCCCAAUGUAGCAAAUCAGCCUCCAAGCCCUGGAGGGAAGAAUGCUUACGCAUCUGGAACUACCACCAAAAUAACCUCAGUCUCCACUGGAAAUCUUUGCACAGAGGAACAGACUCUGCCUCAACGACCUGAAGCUUAUCCCAUCCCAACACAGACCUAUACUAGAGAAUAUUUCACAUUCCCAGCCUCAAAGUCCCAAGAUCGAAUGGGUCCAACUCAGAAUCAGUGGCCAAAUUAUGAAGAGAAACCUCAGGUCCAGGCAGAGAGUAAUCAUUCAAUCAAUACUACAAUGCAGCGUGUGGCUCGAUCCCAGGAAGAACUUCGAGAUAAAGCUUUCCAGCCAGAAAGGAAUCGUUUGGAAGUGGUUAUAAGGAAGGAUGUGGAGUAUAUGGAUCGGAAGUCAGACAGUGAGCCAUGGAUGAAUUCAUCUGUGGAUUCCAGCACAUCCAGCCAAGAGCAUCUGAACCAUUCAUCCAAACCGGUUUCCCCCGGUUCUUGUUUAGCUAAAAGUGGCCCUGGCCGUUGGAAAACUCCAGCUGCCAGCCAGCCAACUCCAGUGGCCAUCUCCCAGCCCAUCCGAACAGAUCUUCCUCCUCCACCACCACCUCCCCCGGUGCAUUAUGCCGCAGAUUUUGAUGAACUGCAGAUGGAUAUGCCUCUGCCUCCCCCGCCUCCUCCAAAUCAGAUAGGAACACAAGCAUCUUCCCAAGUUGCUGCUGCUGAGCGUAAAAAAAGAGAAGAGCAUCAGAGGUGGUAUGAAAAGGAAAAGGCACGUUUGGAGGAAGAGCGAGAAAGGAAACGCCGUGAGCAGGAGAGAAAACUGGGCCAAAUGCGUUCUCAGCCGCUAAUUCCUGCUCAGCCUGUGGUUCCUCCAGUCUCUCUUCAGCAAGUGAAAUCAGAAAAAACUUCAACUUUGCCGAGGUCUCAAGAAACAGUCAUUCGAGAGCUGCAGCCCCAACAGCAGCCUCGGACUAUAGAGCGGAGAGAUCUGCAAUACUUUACUAUCAGCAAGGAAGAGCUGUCCUCCAGUGACAGCCUCUCUCCAGAUCCCUGGAAGCGGGAUGCUAAGGAGAAACUGGAGAAGCAGCAACAAAUGCACAUUGUGGACAUGCUGAGUAAAGAGAUUCAGGAACUCCAGAACAAGCCUGAUCGUACAGCAGAAGAAAAUGACCGUCUGCGCAAACUCAUGCUUGAGUGGCAAUUUCAAAAGCGACUUCAAGAGUCAAAGCAAAAGGAUGAGGAUGAUGAUGAAGAGGAGGAUGAUGAUGUGGAUACUAUGCUCAUCAUGCAACGCCUGGAAGCAGAAAGAAGAGCAAGGGAUGAAGAACGCAGACGGCAGCAACAGUUGGAAGAAAUGCGCAAACGAGAAGCAGAAGACAGGGCCAGGCAGGAAGAAGAGCGACGACAGCAAGAGGAGGAGCGAACCAGAAGAGAGGCUGAAGAAAAGAGGCGGCAGGAAGAGGAGUAUUACAACCGCCUCGAGGCUGAAAGGCGCAGGCAACACGAUGAAGCGGAGCGAAGAUUGCUGGAACCUGACGAGCCUGGUCUGUACAGACCUCCGCUUCCACGGGAAUAUGAACUCCCAUCCCCAACCCCUUCAUCUAACGCUCCUCCUCCCCCACCUCAGCGAAACACCUCUUACCUCAAAACGCAGGUUCUCUCCCCUGACACGAUUUAUACUGCCAAGUUUGUUGCAUACAAUGAUGAUGAGGAGGAGGAGGAUUCCAAUCUAGCAGGUCAGGAUAAGUACUCCAGCACAAGAAAAUCUUAUGGUGACUUUCCUCCUGCCACCCUUAAGCCACAGCAGCCCUCCCGCCAGCCUCGCCCAGUUUCAGAUGGCCUCUUUCUUUCCAACUCAUUCCAGCCAUCUCCAGUCAAUGCCAACAGUACUGCUGCCAAAAAAAGCCAGCCCCCGCCCCCACCAAACAAACCGAGUUUCAUCCAUGCAAGCAGCUCUAAAGGAAUAAAUUCAUACACUGGAUCUACAGGAGCAACUGUUGGCGCCCAAGAAAUUUAUCGGGAUCCAAGAGACAAAAGAUCUAAAAGUCAAGAUGCAGAUUUACCUGGAGCACCAGAAAAUCUGACGUUCAGGGAACGCCAGCGACUUUUUUCACAGGGUCAAGAUGUAUCCAAUAAAGUAAAAGCUUCUAGAAAAUUAAUGGAACUGGAAAAUGAGUUGAACACAAAAUAAUAUUAAAGCACCUUAUCAGAUGUAACUGAAAGAUCUCUAAAAUGCGGGCUUGAGAUGGGGAGGGGCUCUGCUAAUGAACAGGAAAUGAAUAUUUUCUGAAAAGAGAGUUUGAUUCCUCUAUAUCUAAGACUGUUAAUUAAGAUUUAGAGAUGUUGCAAUAGCAAGAAAACUGAUUGCUUUACCAGGAGCUUGUGGUUUAUACAAUUAAAGCACUGUAAAAUUUUAAAGAUAUGAAUCACGUGAAGGUAACUUUCUUUCCUUCUCUUCUUGGGGUUAAGUUCUUGUGCACCAGACCAAGUAGCACUUGUCAAAGAUAAGUUCUGUUUCCUGGUGUUUUACAGACACACUUUUGUUUUAGCUGCUGAGCAGAGAGAGUGAGAAUAACUUGAACUGCCUAAACUAAACUGUGCACUAGAUAUUAGUAUUUUAGGUUGUUUGAUAAGAAGCCAAUAUCUGGGCCAUCUUAAUAAGUCUUUAUAUGCGAGUUUGACAUACUACAUACACAUAUGCUGUUCAUACAGUGAUUAGCAUAUCAGUACAGAUCUUAACAUUACUUAGUAGUGGGAUAAUGUAUUCUCUAGAUAAAACCUUGGA